AUGGACGAACAAAAGCCAACAGCGUCUGAUUCUUCUAAGAGUGCAGUUGUUCGUCGAUUGGACAACGUUAGAAUGGCACAAAAUGUUCUUGUGAUUUGGUUGGACAGCAAUAUUGAUGACAACAGUGCCGAUUGCCAACAUAUGAUUACUCAAUUACAACAUGUUGUCAACACCAUCAACACAUUUGCUGAUGCUGAUCAAUGCAGAGAUUUUCUCACAAAAAUAUACAAUGAAAAAGUCGUAAUGAUAAUGUCUGAUACAUUAUGUGAAAAUUUUGUGCCUCUAAUUCAUGAUAUCAUGCAAAUUGAUACCAUUUUAAUCUUUAGUGAAAAUAAAACAAAAUAUGAACGAUGGGCAAAAGAUUGGUGUAAGAUCAAGGGCAUAUUCACGGAGAUCUCAUCGAUCUGUGAAGCUCUCAAACAAGCUGUUCGACAAUGCGAACAAAAUUCCAUCUCCAUUAGCUUUGUGUCCACAAAUGGUGAUAUCUCUAAUGAAAACUUGGAUCAAUUAGAUGUAUCAUUUAUGUAUACGCAAAUUCUCAAGGAAAUAAUAUUAACAAUUAAAUUCAAACAAGAACAUAUCAAAGAAUUUAGCGAUUACUGUUGUGAACAAUCUUCAUCAUCACAUCGAACGACUUCAUUCGGAACAACUUAA